GCCCCGCCCGCCCCGCCCCGGUCCUUCCAGGAUCCGCGGUAGGUGCGGAAAAUCAAUAAGGCCUCAGUGCCUGAACAGCAGUAUUUAGCUAAGAAUUUAAUAUAUUUAUUUUGAUUUCUAGAAGCUUCUGUAAGUUGCUAUUCAGAAAGUACUUCUAGGAUGUCCAGCCUCCUCGUGAGGCUGUUCCUGCUCUGCAGGCACCGGAGCACACGAGGGGUGCCUGGGAACCCCGCAGAGGGCACCAUCCGAUGUGGUGGUCCCUUCCUUGAUGGAAACUGCAGCACUGCUGGAGGAGGCCAGGUGAGAUUUGGGUGUUCCCCCUCUGAAGCAGGAGGAGCCGGAGCUGCCCUCAGGGCUUUCCUGGGGGCUGGGGGUCCAUCUCCUCGGGGAAUGCCAGGGCCUCCCAGGCAAGUGGUCCCCCGCCCUGGCUGGGAGCUGAGGGGCUGCAGCCCUGGCCAGAGGGACCGGCCACCUCUGCUGCCUUCCCCAGCCCCUCCUGAGGCUCCUCCUGCUUUGCAGAGGUGGCUGAGGAUCCAGGAUGGAUGGACUGCCCAGGAUGGAUGGACUCAUCCAGGAGGGUGGCCUCUGAUGUGCAGGGCUGCUCCUCAUCAUUGCAGCAUGCAGGGCUGCUCUCAGAGGCCACAUGAGGCUCAGGACUCCCCGGUCUGGAGCUUGAGCAGCUGGAGUACCUGAGGGAGCUGGAGCAGCUGGGGCAGCUGGGGGAGCUGGAGCUGGCCGCAGGGUUCUCCUCCUCCUCUCCAGCAGCAUCGCAGUGCACCAGCUUCCAGGCCUCGCCACUACAGUACUACGCAAUGUUAUCAAUGAGGCCAUGGACCAGGUCUUCUGUGUAUGGCUGUAAGGUGGGCUGCACCUAAUUUAAAUUUACUGUACUUGUUACUGAGCAGAGGAUACCACUUCGGUGCCUACAUAAUUAAAAACAAAAUUAAAAAACAAGAGCACUUAAACAAAACAGGGAAAAAAACGGAAUAUUACUACCGAAAAAUUAGACUUGCUCUAGUGCUUCUACUUCAUCAUCUACAGAAAUGCACCUUAGGUUUUAUUUCCAAAAAUGCUAGUGAGAAGCAUGCUUUAAAAACAAAAGAUGCACUGGAGAAUCCUGAGUUAUGAGAUGAUACUAAAACUUAAAAAGCAGUGAUAUAAAAAUAGUUCAUUUUCCUGCAUACCUGCAUAUUUAACUCUGAUUUAUUUGCAGUGGUUUUCACUGUAUUUUAUUCUGCGGGUACUUUGACAAGUUUUUGUGUUUUCUUAAUGCUAACAAAUUUCCGUCUUGAUUUUAUCUUACUAAGUGAUUUUUUAACACAAUAAAAAUCAUAAUCCUCGUCCUGCCAAGCUUGAAAAAUGUAAGCAGUCGUAGUGUAGUCAACAGGAUAAUCCCAUAUUCAUAUGCUUGAGAGUGUUCAGGUCUUAAAUUUUUUUGCUUGACUUCUCAAUAGCAAGAAAGCGUAUAACAUUACAACUGGCCCACAGUCAUUCUACAUGGCAGAGAAACGUACGUCCUCCACAUCUCAAGAACUUGUAUCCUGAGAAAUCAUAACCGAUUACUUCACAUUUUCACUCCAAGACAAAUAAUAACAUAUAUUUCUGGAGGAAAAUAAAUUUACAUGAAUAAAAAUAAUUAAUUUUCAAGUGAAACAUUGAUUAAAUUGUGAGAGAAGUGAGUGAAGACAAUCAUUUUUUCAUAAUUUACCUGGAGGUUAACCCGAUACACAUCAUUUAUUUAUUACAAUGCAAUACUGUGCAGGGGUAAAAAGAAGAUGAUUGGCAGCACUUUUGUCUUGUCUUUUCCUUUUAUUCCUGGCUUUCUCAGUUUACACGCACCUGUAUGCUUUUACUACUCAUUAUUUUGGAACAGUUGUGAUUCUAUGUGUAUUUGUAAUUAGGCUUUUACACUCAUAUCUUUUGGAUGCUUACAUCUAAAUAUAAAAUUAUUCUAAUAAAUGAAUUAGAUUUCCUUCCACUCCAGUGCUUGAUAUAAUUUCAACUUUCAAUAAUUUCUCCAUUACCUUUUAAAGGAUCCUUAGAUAGAUCAUUAAUGAAUAUCUUUCAGAUAACUCAUUUCUUGGUUUUUUUAACUUUAGAACUUCAGAUGCAAUUUCAAAUUACUUACAACUUCAAAACUUACCAUGUAGAUGUAACCUCUUCAGACAGAGUUGGGAAGAAGCACAAUAAUAAAAAUAUCAUCCACAUAAAGAAAAUGAAGGUUUUUCUUGAAGGUCAUACGUUAUUCAACAGCGUAGAAUUUCUACAUUGACAAAGGACUAAAGGCAAGAGUGACUUUUGUCCUAUACUGCAAAUUAUACAGCCACCAGAACUCUUUGAGGAAAAUAUUAGACAGACAAGCAUCUGUUUCAAUUAGUAUAGGUAUAGUCUUGAAACAGGGAGUAAAAUAUUAUGAUCUCUAUGGACUUCAUAAAGCAAUGUUUGGAUGAAGAAUAAAAGACUGUCCAGUAGCCUGCCUUCCAAUGAGGAGCCCAGAGCAGCACAUGCUCCAGGAGGAAAGGCAGAACCCAAACGAGCCUGAAGUACUGCCACAGCCCAGUAAAGGCCAGCAGAAUUCUAAGACGGAGCAACCCAGGUCACCAAAUGGGACCGUAUCUUUCCAACAAGCCAGGAGAUGUCCUGUUUGGGUGACGCCGGGGCCUCUCACAGGGCUGGGAAGAGUCCAGAGGCCUGGGGACUGUUCUCUUCAGGGCACACCGGGGCCUCUUAGAGCACAGAGGAGAGUCCUGGGGGCUGGAGGUCCGUUUCCUCAGGGCACGCUGGGGCCUCUGGCGUUGCCGAGGAGAGCCCUCAGGGCUGGGGACUGUUCUCUUUGGGGCACGCCGGGGCCUCUUGCGGGGCAGCGGAGAGUCGUGGCGGCUGAGGACUCUUCUCUUCGGGGCACGCCGGAGUCUCUGGCAGGGCAGAGGAGAGUCCUGGCGGCCGCGGCCUCCAAAGCAAGUGCUCCCUGGGGCCUGGCAACUCUUCUCUUCGGGGCAGGCCGGGGCCUCCCAGGCAAGUGGUCCUUGCCCUGGUUGGGAGCCGAGGGGCUGCAGCCCUGGCCAGAGGGACCGGCCACCUCUGCUGUAUCCCCUGGCUCCUCAUGAGGCUGUUCCUGCUCUGCAGGGACUGGAGCACACGAGGGGUGCCUGGGAACCCGGCAGAGGGCACCAUCCGAUAUGCUGGUCCCUUCCUUGAUGGAAACUGCAGCACUGGUGGAGGAGGCCAGUUUUGGCGACCCAGAUGGGACCUCGCGGGCAUUGCUGAGGCGGCUCGCAUCGAUCCUGCUCCGGCCGGCACCGAGUGAUUCUCGGGGAGCCAUCGACCGCAACCGACCUCCGCUGCCCUCGACGGACCAAGGAUUUUGUUGGUAAGGCACGGUGCUUUAUCGGGAAUGGUACCAUAAUUGUGGUUUAGGUAAAACCUGCCUGUUAGACGCGGCCAAAGCUGCGCUUGGUUGGGUUACGGAGCUCCAGCAAAGGUUUGGGUAUCGUUUGUGGGAUAAGAGCGAAAGCUCUACGAGUCUGGUAAUAGAGGUUCUUGGUUAUUGCUCUUGGUGGUUUAUAUUUGUUUGCGCCGACCUAAGGUAGUCAAUAUAUAUAUAGAUACUCGCGUGCGCCAAUUUAAUUGCUUGGGAACGUGGUAUACAAAGACGUUUGUUUGUCUGUGCUUAAGUGAAAUUGUAGAUAUGUCACCGAUUCCAGGGUCAUCCCCUUUAGGGUGUAUAUUAAGACACUGGAAAGAAGGAGGAUUCGGGCAAGAGAUGCAAAAGAAAAAGUUGAUAGAUUAUUGUAAUGUUUGGUGGACUCAAUACGCUUUGGAGGAUCAAGUGCAGUGGCCGGAACACGGGACUUUGGACUAUAAUACUAUUUUGCAGCUAAUGUAUUGCAAGCAGGAAGGAAAAUGGGACGAGGUCCCGUAUGUGGAGUUGUUCUUUGUGUUACGGAAUAAUAGGGAGUGGCAAAAGGAGUGUGGAAUUAUGUUGUUAGAAACUGAGUCGAACAGUAGAUGUCGGGGUUGUAGCGCUGAGGGAAAAUGUAUACAGUGUUCGGCAGUAGAGAAUGUAGUGCAGCACCGGCAAGAUGAGGAUUUUGAUCUCUUAAUAGCCCCCUUGACUCCUACAGCCCCAGAGAUAUACAAGGAAGAGAAUUUAGAGAAACAGGUGGAGGAUUCAAACACCCCGAUAUCUCAUAGAACACGGCAACGAGAAACAGUAGAGCAAGGAGCAAAAACAAAGAUAAUGGCUCCAUUGAGACAGGGCAUAGGAGCUGAAGGACCGGUUUAUGUAAAGGUACCGUUUUCUCCCGGAGAUCUAAUGCUCUGGAAACAAUCAGCCGGGACUUACCGAGAAAAUCCAGAUAAAGUGGCACGGGUAGUAAAAAUGAUUAUGAAAACACAAAAUCCGGAUUGGGAUGACAUACAGGUGUUGUUAGAUACACUAAUGGAUACAACAGAGAAGGGAAUGGUAUUAAAAGCGGCACGGGAACGAGUAAGAGAGGACAUAAGACAGGGAGUAGCCACUGGAACAGUGGAACAAAACUUUCCUAUAGAGGAUCCGAUGUGGGACUAAAAUACUGCAAGGGGAAUGGGUUACCUGAAAAGAUAUCAGGAAUGGGUGGUAGUAGGGGUUCAAACGGCAAUGCCAAAGGUGAUAAAUUGGUCAAAACUCUACAACAUAAGGCAAGAAAAGACGGAGUCCCCGUCUGUGUUCUUAGAACGCCUUAUAGAGGCAGCUCGGAAAUACACUGAUUUGGAUGUAGAAAAUGAACAAGCUAGAGUACAGCUAGCUUUUAUCUUCUUGGGCCAAUCACAGGAGGAUAUUAGGAGGAAAUUACAGAAGCUAGACGGAGCUGAAUUGCGUGAUCUGGACAGGCUAUUAGAAGUGGCGUGGAAAGUAUAUAAUAAUAGAGAAAAGGAAAGCACGCAAAGACAAAAUAGAAAUCUGUUGGCUGCAAUGCAGGGAAAGGAUUUUCAAGUAGGAAACAGAGGGAGGGGGCGAGGAAUGAGGCGAGGACGGGAGACAGGAGGACCUGUUGCAAGGAUGGAGUCCAGAUUCAAUAGACUUGGGAUAAACCAAUGUGCGUAUUGUAAACAGGAAGGGCAUUGGAAAAAUGAAUGCCCACAAGGAUUGGGGCAGAGAGGCUCAGGACUGCCAACCGGGAAUGCGGGAGCUAUCCGAACUAUGACUAUGGGAGAUUAUGGGAAUCAGAGCUGACUAGACGAGGAUAAGGAAGAACCCAUGGUAAAAGUAAGGUUAGGGGAAAAAGACGUUCAAUUUCUAAUAGAUACAGGGGCCACAUAUUCAGUUCUGAAUGACUUACGGGACAAGUCCAGGUACCGCGGACUCAAUAUCUUCUGUUGCAAUAUGUUGAUGACAUUUUGAUAGCAACGGAAACCGAACCAACCUGCAUCCAGGUAACAAUAGACAUCCUGAAUCAAUUGGGGUUAAAUGGCUAUAAGGUUUCCAAGGAGAAAGUACAAAUUGCAUGCACUACAGUGAUAUAUUUAGGAUGCGAAAUCACACAGGGCCAGAGAAAAUUAGGAACAGAUCGAAUCCGAGCCAUUUGUGCAACACCCGAACCCCGGAAUCUACAUGAGUUAAGAUCAUUCCUAGGGAUGGCAGGCUGGUGCAGGCUCUGGAUCUUGAAUUAUGGACUAAUAGCCAAGCCCUUGUAUGAAGUUCAAAAAUCAUUGACCUUUACUUGGGAAAGGCCGCAGAAGGAAGCCUUUGGAAAGUUAAAGGAGGCCUUAACUAAGGCACCGGCAUUAGGGUUGCCAGACCUAACUAAAAAUUUUCAACUGUACGUGUAUGAGCGACAACGGUUAGCAUUAGGAGUCCUAACACAGAAACUGGGGAGCUGGAAAAGACCAGUAGGAUAUUUUUCCAAACAACUGGACCCAGUAAGCGCUGGAUGGCCAUCGUGCUUAAGGGCAGUGGCAGCAACAGUACUAUUAAUACAAGAAGCUCGAAAAUUGACGCUGGGAAAGCGCAUUGAAGUAUAUGUGCCCCACAUGGUACUAACAGUUCUUGAACAAAAAGGGGGGCAUUGGCUCUCCCCAAGCAGGAUGAUGAAAUUCCAAGCGAUGCUCACAGAACAAGAUGAUGUGGACCUGAAGACCACUAAUAUAUUAAACCCGGCAGCCUUUUUGGGAGCAGCGGCAGAAGAUGGCCCUCUAGAACAUGACUGCGUGGAAAUCAUUGAGCAUACGUAUGCUACUAGAAAAGAUUUGAAAGAUGUUCCAAUUGAACAGCCAGAUCAGGAACUUUUCACAGACGGAAGCAGCUUCGUGGAAAAUGGGACCCGAUAUGCUGGAUAUGCGGUAGUAACACAAGGGUCGGUAAUCGAGGCAAAAGCAUUACCAGCCGGAACAUCCGCUCAAAAGGCAGAAAUAAUUGCCCUCACAAGAGCUCUGGAAAUAAGUGAGAGUAAGAAAGUAAACAUAUGGACAGAUUCAAAAUACGCAUUCGGAGUAGUUCACAUACAUGGAGCAUUAUGGAAGGAGAGAGGGCUCUUAUCUUCGCAAGGUACAGGAAUUAGACAUCAGAAGGAAAUAUUAGAAUUGAUAGCUGCUGUGCAGUUACCCGAACAGGUGGCAAUUAUGCAUUGUAAAGCGCAUCAGAAGGAGAACUCAAGGGUUGCAGAAGGAAAUUCACUAGCUGAUCAAGCAGCUCGGCGGGCCGCACGACAAACACAGAGGACUAUGGCCUUGAUACCCACUAAGACGAGCGAAUUCUACAAGUAUCUAGACCAAAAACCGAUAUAUUCAAAGGAAGAUGAAAAGCUAGCGGAAUUAACAAAGGCCCAAUUGAAUUCAGAUGGAUGGUAUUGGACAACGACUGGACAGGUUAUAGUGCCACCCAGUGUUAUGCGAGCAAUCUUACAGGUGGAACAUCAGAAAUGUCAUUGGGGAGCAGAAGCUUUAGUCGCCUACUUGAAACGAAACAUAAUUUCGGUACAAAUGAUGACGAUAGCUAAAUCAAUAAAUGCAAGAUGUGAAACCUGCUUGAAGAAUAAUCCGGUUGUUAGAAGAAGAGCAGAGAUAGGACAUAUUAGGGUAGGGAUGGAACCAGGUGACUAUUGGCAAAUAGACUUUGCAGAGUUACCAAAAGCUCAAGGUUACCGAUAUCUAUUAGUUGGUGUCGAUACCUUUUCUGGAUGGCCAGAAGCCUUUCCCUGUUGCACAAACCAAGCUAAAGAGACAGUGAAGUGGUUACUGCGAGAAAUUAUACCAAGGUUUGGGGUCCCGCUAGGGAUAUCUACAGACAGAGGACCACAUUUUGUGGCUGCUGUGGUUCAGGAGGUGAGCAAGUUCCUAGGAAUUUCCUGGAACCUUCACACCCCUUGGAGACCGCAGUCAAGUGGACAGGUGGAAAAGAUGAAUCAGACGAUAAAGAGGCAGAUUAGUAAAAUAUGCCAGGAGGCAAAAAUUCAGUGGCCACAGGCAUUACCAAUGGCACUUCUGAGGAUAAGGGUGAAGCCUAGAAAAGAGGUUGGGGUAAGCCCUUAUGAAAUACUUUUCGGGAGACCCUAUGAGGCACCACAGCCGAACCUUAACAUGCAUGUAAAAGGUGGGCAAGAUGUGUAUAACUAUGUAAUGUCACUUGCUAGAACCUUGACACGACUGCGGAGUACACUGGUCUGGAACCGACCUCUGUCACUGGAAAACCCAGUACACGACAUCAAUCUGGGAGACCAGGUUUACGUCCGCGACUGGACUGAAGAACCACUGAAGGAACGGUGGAAUGGACCAUACCUGGUGCUGCUAACUACCUUUACUACAAUCAAGGUAAAGUGAAUUGACUCCUGGAUUCAUUACACAAGGGUAAAGAAGGUUCCCGGAGAGUGGCGUGUGGAGGAAACAGGACCAACUAAAUUGAAAUUCACACAUCGUAAGGAUGUCUAACUAUAUUUAUGGGACUGUGAUAAUAAUAUGGUCUUUAAUUACCACAACCCUCCAAGCAGAUGUUUAUCAGAAGGGCAGUGAUCUACAAGGCAAUGCCAUUCUGUCUUGCAUGAUCCAGAAUCGAGAAGAAUCAUUACAAAAAGAAAGGGAUACGAGUAGAUAGAAGCGGGAAUUGGAUCCUACUCUGACACCACAAGUAAUACACCUCCCUUCAAGGGACCCUGAGGAGAAUUUGAUAAUAGGAUUGAUCAAAGAUUUUGCAGAAAUACAAAAUACAAGUAAAAUAACUGCCUGCCUUCCAGUACCGAAGGCGGCAGGAGAACCUAUAAAUUGGGGAAUAAUAACCCUUCCUCUUCCCGAACCCCAAGGAAAUAAAACAGAAUGUAAACAAAUAACUGUUAAAAAGGAAAAACAAAUCAGAGUGAGAGGAGAAUUGCUUCCAGAACAUAUUUGCAAACGUUUUGCGAAUUUUACCUUUACCUCGAAGGAAAUAUAUUCUGGGGGAAAAUUUGGAAUAUGUGAAUAUGAUAAGGUAAUAGUAGAAAAAGACAUACAAUGGGAAUGCCAAGAAAGACAGAAACAAUUGGAAUGGGAAACUAUUUGGUCAACUAAUAUCUUACAAAAGUUCCAUUAUGGAGGAAAUGCUUCCUGGUGCAUAAAGUGGAAGGGAAAACAGGAUUAUACGGUUCCAACAAAAGUCCUUCUAGAGAAUAAUGGAGUCAGUCGGGAAGAAGGUCAAAAGGUAUCAUGGUGGCAUUGUGCAGAAGUCUGGGACUGUGAUUCAGAUCCAGAUGAGAUAGCAAUACCCCCAGUAAGAGUAGCCUUAAAGACCGGGUGUGCUUGUCGAGGGUAUAAGAGUGGAGGACAAGUAAUUCCCUAUCAAAAACCUGAUUGUAAAUAUUCAACAAUUAAAAGCAUGGGAAAUUUUGUAUGGGCUAAUAGUGAUGGAACAUGGACUACCCACUUAUCGGUUACAGGAAAGGUUAAAGAAAUUACAUUGGGCUUACCCACCCUAUGUCCAAUUUGGAAACGAUCCCCUUUCAAAGGAAAAUUAGAAACUCUGCAAAUCAAUAGAAUUAAGAGAGAGGCGAAAGAAGAUGACACAUGGCAGGAACCUUCUACAGGAGUAAAAGUAGGAUGGGCUUUGGAAUCCCUUUUUGCUGCCCCAGUAGCCACUUACCGAAAUAGGGACAUGAUUUAUAAAUUAAUAGGACAAACUGAAAGACUAGCUAGAGUGACUAAAAAGGGGUUUAGGGACUUAAACAUGCAACUUCAGGCAACAACGAAAAUGACCCUGCAGAACAGAAUGGCAUUAGAUAUCUUACUUCUAAAGGAACAUGGUGUAUGUGGGUAUUUGAAGAAUCAGGUGGAUCACUGCUGUAUACAUAUACUAAAUGUAACAGAAGAUAUAGAAUAUGACAUAUCGCAGUUAAAGAGAAUCGAACAAGAAGCAGAAGAAGAAAGAAAGGAAAUCGGUCAUAACUGGGUAGGAGAAUUGUUUAAUGGAUUAGGAAUACAUUUGGGGGGAUGGAUCCAGUCUCUCUUAGAAACACUUUUCAUGCUACUAAUGGUGUUUUUAAUAAUAUAUCUGGUAUACCUAUGUAUCCGUCGAGAGAUCACCCGCAGUUCCAGUUGGACGCAUAAAAUAAUAGGAGCAGUGACUCGGGAAUAUCCCCGACACCCAGCUCCCCCUCCGACGUACAGGGAAUCAAUAGAAAUGUGAUAAAUACUUUCUUAAAUAAGAAAGUAUCAUCAAAAGGGGGGAAUGUUGGGAACAGAGAUAGAAAAUGUAUAUAUAUAUAUAUUUCUUAGAAUCAUUUAAACGACUUUCUCUAAUAGUUCUCUUUUGUAUACAUUUAAACGACUUUCUCUAAUAGUUCUCCUUUGUAUGCAUAACUGUAGGAUUUGUAUACAUAACUGAAACUAACAGUCCUAACUACAGCCUACCUUGGAAUGUGGAGGUGCACUAGCAUUAACAGUGGAAUGUGAAGAUUUAAUGGCUUAGAAGUCGAGAGAACAUAAAGUUACUAACCUUAUCUAAGCUAUUUGAAUAGUACUAACAGUGAAGGUACAAAGUAGCUAACGAAGCACGAAGUAAGGAAUGUUGCAACUUAAGCGAUUCUUAUGUUGAGAAACUGCCAGAAACACGAAAGGUGAAAAGGACAACGCGAGGAAGAAAAGCUGCUUCAUCUGAGGAAGAGUGUUUUCUUCAUCCCCACGACCACCAGAAGAGGGUGCGCAAGUGCAAUAGAGACUGAUGCUGAUGAAGCAAUUUGAAAUGAAUAUGUAACAGGUUGAGCAAGGACCUUUUGAAUAUGUAACAGAUUGAGUAACAUUUUAAGGAUAAAAAGCGAACGCGAUGUAACGGUCUUUGGAGCCAGAUUUGGGUGCGUACCCCUGGUUCCCGGGGCCUCGAAAUAAAGCACCACAUAUAACCUUC